UGCGGGGCGGAGCCCAUGGAGGAGCCUGACUACUUCGGGAGCAGCUCGGCCGAGUGGGGGGACGAGGCUGGCGCGGACGGAGGAGGGCAAGAUGAUGAAUAUGGCGAAGAUGAUGAUGCGGAAGUCCAGCAGGAGUGUUUGCACAAAUUUUCCACCCGAGAUUACAUAAUGGAGCCUUCCAUUUUUAAUACUUUAAAAAGGUAUUUCCAGGCAGGUGGCUCUCCAGAGAACGUCAUCCAGCUCUUAUCAGAGAACUAUACUGCCGUAGCUCAGACAGUAAACUUGCUGGCAGAGUGGCUCAUUCAAACAGGUGUUGAACCAAUUCAAGUCCAGGAGACAGUGGAAAACCAUUUAAAAAGCUUGCUUAUUAAACACUUUGACCCCCGAAAAGCAGACUCCAUUUUCACAGAGGAAGGAGAGACACCCGCAUGGCUUGAGCAAAUGAUAGCACAUACUACAUGGAGGGACCUCUUCUACAAAUUGGCUGAAGCUCAUCCAGAUUGCCUCAUGCUAAAUUUUACUGUCAAGCUUAUCUCUGAUGCUGGGUACCAGGGAGAGAUAACUAGUGUAUCCACGGCAUGCCAGCAGUUAGAAGUCUUUUCUCGAGUUCUACGCACCUCCCUGGCAACAAUCUUAGACGGCGGAGAAGAAAACCUGGAGAAGAAUCUCCCCGAGUUUGCCAAAAUGGUGUGCCAUGGUGAACAUACUUACCUCUUUGCCCAAUCGAUGAUGUCCAUAUUAGCCCAGGAAGAGCAAGGUGGUUCUGCGGUGCGCAGGAUUGCUCAAGAGGUUCAGCGGUUCGCUCAUGAGAAAGGCCAUGAUGCCAGUCAGAUCACUUUAGCUCUGGGAACUGCUGCCUCCUACCCUCGGGCCUGUCAAGCCCUCGGUGCCAUGUUGUCGAAAGGAGCUCUGAACCCGGCGGACAUCACAGUCCUGUUCAAAAUGUUCACAAGCAUGGAUCCUCCUCCGGUAGAACUGAUUCGAGUGCCUGCUUUCUUGGAUCUCUUCAUGCUCUCAUUGUUUAAACCUGGCGCUAAGAUCAAUCAGGACCAUAAGCACAAAUAUAUCCAUAUUCUGGCAUAUGCAGCUAGUGUUGUAGAAACAUGGAAAAAGAACAAGCGAGUGAGCAUAAAUAAAGAUGAGCUCAAGUCCACUUCAAAAGCCAUUGAAACGGUUCAUAAUCUCUGCUGUAAUGAGAAUAAAGGAGCUUCUGAACUUGUGGCGGAACUAAGCACCCUUUACCAAUGUAUCAGGUUUCCAGUAGUGGCAAUGGGGGUGCUGAAAUGGGUCGAUUGGACAGUGUCAGAGCCCCGCUAUUUCCAGCUUCAGACAGAUCAUACUCCAGUGCACUUGGCACUGUUGGACGAGAUCAGCACGUGCCAUCAACUGCUUCACCCUCUGGUCUUGCAACUCCUUGUCAAACUCUUUGAAACUGAGCACUCUCAGCUUGACGUCAUGGAGCAGCUGGAGCUCAAAAAGACCCUGCUGGACAGGAUGGUUCACUUGCUGAGUCGAGGAUACGUCCUUCCCGUGGUCGGCUAUAUCCGCAAGUGUCUCGAGAAGCUGGACACGGACAUCUCUUUGAUCAGAUACUUUGUGACUGAGGUAUUGGAUGUGAUUGCCCCUCCGUACACCUCUGACUUUGUGCAGCUUUUCCUCCCAAUCCUGGAGAACGACAGCAUUGCAGGCACUAUCAAGACAGAAGGCGAGCAUGACCCCGUCACGGAAUUCAUAGCGCAUUGUAAAUCAAACUUCAUCAUGGUCAACUGAAGCAGGAAAAG